AUGAACGUUGCUGCAGCGUCACAUGGUGGCGCUCAAGGAUCUAGUUUAAAGCUGAAUAUGACAGUCAAGGGCGUUUCAGCGGCUGUCUACGGAAUGAUUCUUGCCACCCAUGCCAUGCCUUUCCCAUACAAAGUUGAUACUGCUCCAUACAGCAUCUUCAAGACCUCAAAUUUCUUGUACUACAACAGACUCCCAAAAUUCGAAGAGGUGUACACCUUCAUCUAUCGACUUUUCCGAAAGGCCCAGGUAGAGCCAGAGUGCCUUGUAGCCUCUGUCAUAUAUCUUGACAUGUUCAUCAACCUGAAUCCCUGCAGGGUCACUAUUUCUAGCGAGACCUGGGAAAGGCUUGUAUUCACCUGCAUCAUGAUAGCAAGCAAGGUAUGGGACGACAUAUCCUGUAGCUCUAGAUCCUUUGCCCUGUGUGCCAGCGACUUUUCUCUCCGCGACCUCAACCUGAUGGAGCGCCUCAUAAGCCGUGACCUCGAGUACGCAUACUUCCUCACGGCAGAUGAUUACAAGGAGUACUACUAUCAGUUAAAAGGAAUAUGGAUACACCUGACUCUUACGGAGAGUAUGGAGAUUGUUCAGAUGCCUGCGGUACCAAAGGGUGUCGACGGGACCAAGUGGGGGAUGAAGUAUGUCUUCACAGGGCUCACAAACACUAAAACGGGGGCUAAUACCCGGUCUGCAUCCGUCUCAUCGACGCAGUUAGAAGGGCCCGUCGUAAGAGAGAGGCUCCCAGUCCGCAGCUAA